UUUUUGUUAUUGGCCGCUGAUGAAAUACCGUGCUUAAAAUAACAAUGCUCGCCCGCUGCGUCCUUAAAGUAGUGCAGGAGGCGUGGCCCAGACCCAGCAAGAUUUGGGUCCCGGCCAUCGGCUUCCACGUGAGCGGCUGCCAAUUGCAGCCUAGCAAACAAACCAAACUUGAACUUAAGCGUCGCCUAAAGGCCGAACAAAAGGCCAAGGAAAAGGCAGAGAAGGCAGCCGCUGCUCCUGCAGAAGGAACCGCCGGUAAGAAGAAGAGCAGCGCCGCCGAAGAGGAGGAAAUCUCGCCCAACGAGUAUUUUAAGAUCCGAUCCGCCGCCGUUCAGGAACUUAAGCGUUCACCCAGCACGCAUCCCUAUCCACAUAAGUUCCAUGUGAGCAUCUCCCUGGAAGAUUUCAUCUCCAAGUACGAGAACAGUCUAAAGGAGGGCGACACUUUGGAGAAUGUGAGCCUGAGCGUGGCCGGCCGUGUUCAUGCAAUCCGCGAGUCGGGGGCGAAGCUCAUUUUCUACGAUCUGCGUGGCGAAGGAGUCAAGGUGCAAGUGAUGGCUAGCGCCAAGUCCUACAAAUCGGAGGCAGACUUUGAAACGGAUACUGCCAAGCUGCGGCGCGGCGAUAUUAUCGGCGUCAUCGGACAUCCCGGCAAGACUAAGAAGGGCGAGUUGUCUGUGAUGCCCACUGAGAUUAAACUGCUGUCGCCCUGCCUGCACAUGCUGCCUCAUCUGCAUUUUGGCCUUAAGGACAAGGAGACACGCUACCGUCAGCGUUACCUUGAUCUCAUUCUGAACAACAAAGUGCGCGAAAACUUCCAAGUCCGCGCCAAGAUUAUCUCGUACGUUCGCCAGUUUUUGGAUCGCCUCGGUUUCCUGGAGAUCGAGACACCAAUGAUGAACAUGAUCGCGGGUGGAGCCACUGCCAAACCCUUCGUAACGCAUCACAACGACCUAAAGAUGGACCUGUUUAUGCGCAUAGCUCCGGAGCUGUACCACAAGAUGCUGGUGGUAGGUGGUCUUGAUCGCGUCUACGAAAUCGGACGGCAGUUCCGUAACGAGGGCAUCGACCUUACUCACAAUCCAGAAUUUACCACGUGCGAGUUCUAUAUGGCGUAUGCCGACUACGCCGACAUUAUGGACAUCACCGAACAAUUAGUCUCUGGAAUGGUGAAGGCCAUUCGUGGAUCCUAUAAGGUCAUCUAUCACCCGGACGGUCCGGAGGGACCCGAGCAAGAACUUGACUUUACGCCACCCUUUAAGCGCGUGUCCAUGAUCAAAACGUUGGAGGAAAAGCUACAAGUUAAGUUCCCUGCGGCCGAUACAUUCAAUACGCCAGAGACGAAUCAGUUCCUGUCCCAGCUAUGCACCAAGCACCAGGUUGAGUGCCCCGCACCUCGCACCACCGCUCGAUUGCUGGACAAGCUCGUGGGCGAGUUUAUAGAAGAGUUCUGCGUAAAUCCCACGUUCAUCUGCGAGCACCCGCAGAUAAUGUCUCCAUUGGCCAAAUAUCAUCGCAGUAUUCCCGGUCUGACUGAGCGCUUCGAGCUCUUCGUGGCCAAGAAGGAGAUCUGCAACGCCUACACCGAGUUAAACGAUCCUGUAGUUCAGCGGGAGCGCUUUGAGCAACAGGCCAGUGAUAAAGCGGCUGGAGAUGACGAGGCCCAAUUGGUUGACGAGAACUUCUGCACGUCCUUGGAAUAUGGACUGCCGCCCACUGGCGGCUUCGGUAUGGGCAUCGAUCGGCUGGCUAUGUUCCUUACGGACUCCAAUAACAUUAAAGAGGUUCUACUGUUCCCCGCAAUGAAGCCAGAAGAGGCCAACCGCACUGCAGCAGAAACUGCUCCCGCCACCGCUGCCACCCAACAGUAGAGGUCUUCGGAUCACUCAACUCAAUCCUGAUUCUUGUACGUUACGCUCGUCACGGGCUAGUCCCAGUUGCUAAGUUAUUCAACGAAUAAAACUUUUUUCCAAUAUGUGAAACAUGA